GCAUAAAGGAAAGUGAAAGGAACUGUAUUUCAAGAAUCUUUCAAAACAAAAACAAAUCAUGGAGAAGAAUGGGAACAACCGGAAACUUCGGGUGUGUGUUGCUACCUGCAACCGAGCUGAUUAUUCAAAAUUAGCUCCUAUCAUGUUUGGCAUUAAGUCAGAACCACAGUUCUUCGAGCUUGAUGUAGUGGUGCUUGGCUCCCAUCUGAUUGAUGACUAUGGUAAUACCUACCGUAUGAUCGAACAAGAUGACUUUGACAUUCACACGAGGUUGCACACCAUAGUGAGAGGUGAAGACGAGGCAGCCAUGGUGGAGUCAGUAGGCCUCGCGUUAGUAAAGCUACCGGAUGUCCUCAACCGUCUGAAACCUGACAUAAUGAUUGUUCAUGGGGACAGAUUUGAUGCUCUGGCACUGGCCACAUCUGCAGCCUUGAUGAAUAUUCGGAUUCUUCAUAUUGAAGGCGGGGAAGUCAGUGGGACCAUAGAUGAUUCAAUCAGACAUGCCAUAACCAAACUGGCUCAUUUCCAUGUGUGUUGCACAAGAAGUGCAGAGCAGCAUUUGAUAGCUAUGUGCGAGGAUCAUGAUCGCAUCCUGCUGGCUGGCUGUCCCUCAUAUGACAAGCUUCUCUCCUCCAAAAAUAAAGACUACAUGAGUAUUAUACGUAUGUGGCUAGGAGAAGAUGUAAAACCAAGAGAUUAUAUAGUUGCUCUUCAGCAUCCUGUGACCACAGAUAUUAAACAUUCCAUCAAGAUGUUUGAACUAACUCUGGAUGCGCUCAUGUCCUUUAACAAAAGGACGCUAGUUCUGUUCCCAAAUAUUGAUGCAGGAAGCAAAGAGAUGGUUCGAGUGAUGAGGAAGAAGGGCAUUGAGCAUCAUCCCAAUUUUCGAGCAGUGAAGCAUGUUCCGUUUGAGCAGUUCAUCCAGUUAGUGGCACAUGCUGGCUGUGUGAUUGGUAACAGCAGCUGUGGUGUUCGAGAAGUGGGAGCAUUUGGCACCCCUGUCAUCAAUCUGGGGACCCGUCAGAUAGGAAGAGAAACAGGUGAAAAUGUUCUUCAUGUGCGUGAUGCUGAUACACAGGACAAAAUACUACAAGCUUUGCAUCUCCAGUUUGGAAAACAGUAUCCUUGCUCAAAAAUAUAUGGGGAUGGUAAUGCUGUUCCAAGAAUUCUGAAGUUCCUCAAAUCUAUUGACCUCAAAGAGCCACUACAGAAGAAGUUCUGCUUCCCUCCUGUAAAGGAGAGCAUCUCACAAGAUAUUGACCACAUUCUAGAAACCCAGAGUGCCUUGGCUGUGGAUCUAGGCGGAACAAAUCUCCGGGUAGCAAUAGUCAGUAUGAAGGGUGAAAUAGUGAAGAAAUAUACCCAGCUCAAUCCUAAAACCUAUGAGGACAGAAUAGAAUUGAUCCUCAAGAUGUGUAUGGAGGCUGCAUCAGAAGCUGUACAUCUGAACUGCAGAAUUUUGGGAGUUGGUAUUUCUACAGGUGGACGGGUGAAUCCCCGAGAAGGAAUCGUGCUUCAUUCCACAAAACUCAUUCAGGAGUGGAGCUCUGUUGAUCUGAGAACUCCGAUAUCUGAUGCUCUGCACUUGCCAGUCUGGGUGGACAAUGAUGGCAACUGUGCUGCUCUGGCAGAGAGGAAGUUUGGGCAUGGAAAAGGAGUGGAAAAUUUUGUAACGCUAAUCACUGGUACAGGAAUUGGAGGUGGAAUCAUUCAUCAGCAUGAAUUGGUCCAUGGAAGUUCCUUCUGUGCUGCUGAACUUGGACACAUUGUGGUGUCGUUAGAAGGACCAGAAUGUCUGUGUGGGAGCCAUGGGUGUAUAGAAGCAUAUGCCUCUGGAAUAGCCCUACAGAGGGAAGCUAAAAAACUACAUGAUGCAGAGGAGCUGUUGUUAGUGGGAGGAAUGUCCAUAAAGAUGGAAGAGACCAUUAGUGCCGUGCAUCUGAUUCAGGCAGCUAAACUUGGCAAUGCGAAGGCUGAGAGCAUUCUCAGAACAGCUGGAACAGCGCUAGGCCUUGGCGUGGUGAACAUCCUGCAUACCAUGAACCCCUCUCUGGUGAUCCUUUCUGGUGUCCUGGCAGGCCAUUACGUUAACAUUGUCAAAGAUGUGAUCAGUCGGCAGGCUAUGUUCUCUGUUCAGACAGUGGACGUGGUUGUCUCAAAUCUGGCGGAUCCUGCUCUGCUUGGCGCUGCGAGCCUAGUGCUAGAUUACAGUACACGCCGAAUAUACUAGGUACCCGGGGAAGUUACAGACAUGGACAGUCUGGCUGUAUAACUGUUCUGGGUGGGGGGAUACUGUGCCCAAAGUAUUUCCUUCUGACCCUCCGCGUUACCUUCUGUGGUAAAGCAGGCUGGUGUUUUUGGUAGCUAGUUACUACUUCGGUAUUUCCUCUUCAUGUUUUUGAUACAUUUAGCUCAGUUCAGAUGAA